GGUGUGUUGUACCAAGAUGCAAAUGAUCUCGAACGUGCAAUAUCCAGCUAUCACACCGCUAUUUCCUACCGUCCAACACUAGCUUCAGCAUACCUCAAUCUUGGACUAUGUGCUUGGGAAAAGAACGAUAGUGAGACGGCAAAAGAAGUGUUCGAAAAAUGUUUGAAAUUGGAUGCCACACAUUUGAAGAACCCGAGGAACCAUCGCAGUGCACAAGUAGCAUGUGCAUACAAUCUUGGGGAAUCAUUGUCUCAAAUUGGCGAUUUCGAUCAAGCAGAAUAUUAUUUCCAGAAGGCACUACUGCAUGCGCCGUCACAUAUUCCAGCGUACUUAACCCUUUCACAAUUAAGACUGAAGCAGAAAAGAUAUACAGAAGCAUUGGAGGUGUUGCAAAGUGCGUAUCGAUUGAAUGAAACAAAUUCGCUACUGAAUUUCCAUAUGGGUGUUUAUUAUUCAGCCCGAGGUGACCAUCCGGAAGCUAUAAAGUAUCUAAAAAGAGCUGAAGUUGUUAAUGGAAAGAAUGCUGAUGUACUAUCAGCUCUUGCCGAGUCUUGCCGACAAACUGGACUGAACGAAGAGGCUGAGAAGUAUUACGAGCGACUCGCUGAGAUGGGCGAUGAAACAUCACCAUUCGCUUACUCAAAUUAUGCCGCAAUUUUGCAUGUGAAUGGCAAAUACGAGAAAGCCGAACGAAUGUACAAGAAAGCGAUCGAGAUCAAUCCGAAUGAUUCGCUAUCGAACAAAAAUCUUCGUAAAUUGUACAGACUCAUGAACAGAUAG